CGCGGAACGUCAGAUGUCUGACGAACCGACGGUAGAAGAACGUUUUGGGCUUAGCGGCGGUUUUGUGGACCGGCUGGAUUUGUUGUGGUUUUGAAACCCGCAAUUUUUUUGUGCGUGCUAGGUGGUGUGGAAGUUGCCGGACUGUGUGAACGGCAUUGACGAUUGUCAAAGGAGCGGGCAUCAGGAUUAAGUGCGAGAGUUUUCGUGUGCAGUUAGUCCAUACUUAACAACCACCUUCGACGACUACUCUUCAGUCAGCACCCAGAUUCGUCUUCGCCAAUGUUGCGAUCUCCUGCGAGAAGAUGCUGAAGGAACGUGAAUCCCUGGAGAGGGUGAUACCAUCCCCCUGUUCGAGCCUAGGCGGCCUUGGUCCAGACGUGAGUUGUGCGGGAUGCAGGGGCAGGAUUCACGAUAGGUUUUACCUCUUGGCGGUGGACAGGCAGUGGCACGCAGGUUGUUUGAAGUGCUGCGAGUGCAAGUUACCAUUAGAUUCAGAACUUACUUGUUUCGCGAGAGAUGGAAAUAUAUAUUGUAAAGAGGAUUACUACAGAAUGUUUGCGGUGACGAAAUGCGGCAGGUGUCAAACGGGUAUAGCGGCAAACGAAUUGGUGAUGAGGGCCAGGGAUCUUGUGUACCAUCUACAUUGUUUCUCCUGUGCAUCCUGCGGUAUCCCACUGGCCAAGGGAGAUCAUUUUGGGAUGAGAGAUGGACUGAUAUACUGCAGGCCUCAUUACUCGCUGCUGGAUUUCUGCGACGGCAACGACCCGCUCGAGCUGAUGUUCAGGGGGAGGGAAUCGCCGGGAUAUUAUCCGGGAUCGUCUCCACAGCAACAGAAAGGCAGGCCCAGAAAAAGAAAGUUGGCCGCGGAGGAACCUCUCCCCUGCGGCGAGAUACCGGUGACAAUGAGGAUGGCAGCAUCUUCGCUAGAGAUGCUGCAACAAGGCGAGCUGUCCUCCUCGAUGGAAUCUCUGUCCUACGAUUCGUCUGUCACAUCACCAGCCUCUAGCAACGGACACAACACGCAAAGGACGAAGAGGAUGCGGACGUCCUUCAAACACCACCAGUUGAGGACGAUGAAGACCUACUUUGCAAUUAACCAAAACCCGGAUGCCAAAGAUCUGAAACAGCUUGCUCAGAAGACUGGCCUCUCGAAAAGGGUGCUACAGGUGUGGUUCCAGAAUGCCAGAGCCAAGUGGCGACGGAACAUGAUGAGGCAGGAAGGGUCCCAAACGAACAACAACCAAUCACCAGGAGCAACCUCCGUCACAUCAGGUAUAAUAACGGAUUCCAACAUGUCCCAUCAGAGCUUGGACGACCUCCACCACCAUCUACAUUCCCAAAAUUCGCAAACGCUUGCCUUCAGUGAUAUCUAUUGAAAACUGUCUCGAAGUGAGAUGUAGUGUAGUUGUACAGGACCAUAGAUCUCGAGUUGGUCGAUCGACCAAACACUACGUGUAUAUUCAGCAUUGAUCGUGGUAUUAGAAAAAGGUUCCUUUGUUUAGACGGUGAUAUUUUGCAGAGCCCAUUGUUAUGAUUCUCAUAGAUUAUUGUAAAACCUGUAUAUGUUUAUUUGUAAUUGAGAUACUAUUAUUGUAUUGUGUAUAUAGAUGAGAUAUAAGUGUAAAUGUCAGAUUAGUGCAAUGAGUAUUUACAAUUUUGUAACAUGUUUAAUGUGAGAGGACAUUGAUGGCCAUUUCCGUGUACAUAGCCACUUAUUUAUAAAAUAAAUAAC